GGAAGUGAACGAAAAUGAAAUUAUAUCGCAAAAAUAUAUCUGAAAAAAUUUUGCGUGAAAAUCUUCAAGUGAAGCGAAUAGAAGUGGACGAACAUAGAGCAAAAGCAAUAGAAGCAGAGAAAGACCAAGGAUUGUUAAAAGAAGAAGAAGCGGUAGAGACAGUAGCUAGAGUGAGAGAGCGGCAGUUGCAUGAAACCGAAACAAGUGAAAAAAACAGAACAGCAACAGUGAAUACACAAGCAACAAUAAAGACUGCAACAAAAGUGGCAAUAGGCUCGGCAGCGACGUCGACAGUAUUUUCAGCUGCGGUCGCGGCGACGACGGCAAUAUGUUCAGUCGGCAUACGUGUGUGAAAGGUUUUGCAGAAAAAAAUGUGAAAUAAACUAAAAGUAUAAGUGAAAAGAAAUGCAUAGCGUAGUUACGUUAGAGAUUUGAUUUGCUUACAACUAUAACUAUAAAAAAUAAACUGAAUGCAAUAAAGUAUAGUUGAUAAAAAUGUCUCUUUACCGGGUAACAAGAAAAGUUUCGUAAGUGUAUAUCAUUUAUUGAAAAUAGCGUAUCGAGGAAAAUUGUGAAUAUCGGAAAAUACAUAAAAUCUAAAAUUGUAAUUAAAACAGAAAGAAGAAGCAACAAAGUGUAGAAGAGAAAAGAAAUAGCAAAUGAGCGAAUGUUAGUGGAACUGCUCACGCACAGUUUUACCACGUAAAAAACGAACGUGAGUCGCAAAGCAAACGUGAAAUCUGGGUACAGCAGCUAGUUUGGUGUAUAUUCUCCGAUUGGUGUUGUGUAACUUGACCGCUGAGCCACUUUUCUUCAGUACACAUUGCUGAGUUUUGAUUUGAUCGGGAUUGCCCCAAACAGCUGGAAAAGAGCGGAGAUUCUCCGAACAAUAAAUGAAAAAACUUGAGGUCUAUGCAUGGAUUAAAAAGAAAGCAUUUCCAAGCAUAAUAUAAGAAAGGUUGUGUGCUGUGUUAUUGGUAUUUUGUGCGAAGGGUGAGCGGAGCGGUACCAAAAGCAGAGGUAGCACAACACAACACACCGAAAGUACAACCACGGCAACGACUACGAAGCACUAACAACAAAACUUAUGCUCAUCGUGCACGAGUGUAUCGGCGACUGCGACUACGUUUGCUACUGCAGAGAUUGAGGCGGACACGAGUGCGAGUACGAGCGCAACGACGAUUAUUUAGUGAAGUGGUUGUGAAAAGCAGAAGUAGCGGCAGAAAUAGCAACAAGAGCAUAAAAAAAAGAAAAAACGGUAAAAAGAAGAAGCAAGCAAGGCAAACAUGAACUAAAUUUUGCACGAAAAGACGAGAAACCAACAACUUUUAUUGUAAAAAGUUCGUGUUAGAGUGUGUUCUAGCAAAAAUUGAUAAAAGUUGAAGAAAAAUUAACUUCUCAUAAAACUAGGGCCAAGUGCUAGCUAGUGAGUGGAGCAUUGAAAGGAGGUAGAGAAGAGGAACCAACAAUACUAGUAGUAGUUGCUGCAGCGCAGUAGCUGAACCACUGGCAGAGGUACCGUGUAAGAAGAAAAGUACCGUGACUGUAGAAAAGUAAUACGACGAAUAACAGGAGGACGAACAAAACGCACAAAUUGCCCACAGAAACAACUUGAUAUAACAGAAAGUAAAAUAAAUAUGUUGAAAGUCAAAGGAGAAAAGUGGAGAAUGGCUGCGUGAGCUUCGCAGCGGCGGUAAGCGCCAAUUAAAUUUUGUAUGGUGGCCUCAAAACAAAAAGAAUCAGAGAAAAGAGUGUAUUUUAUGAAGUAAAAAGUAAAAACCUGCAGAAGUGUUUUGAACAGUGAAUGCGUUUUAUAUAAAAAUUGUAUAAGAAAACAGAUAAAAUUGAGAUUUUAAUAUAAACUUCGAACGUGCAAUUGGAAACGGUAAAUAACAAAUAAUCUUGCAGAGUCCAAUACUAGCAGUGCUCGUAUCUUUAAUAGGAGCAUUACCAGAACUAAACCAUCUUGUUUCAGACCCGGUGCUGUAUGCAGCAUUGAAUCAAGUAAAUCAACCAAACAAUCGAAACCGACCAAAAGUCAUAAAUCAAAAUAUAAACCUUGCAAUACAUCACAACAGAGAAUGUACGGGAAAGCUAAAACGUCAUCAGUGCCGUCAGAUGCACAGGCACGCGAGAAAUUGGCGCUAUAUGUUUACGAAUACCUGUUACAUGUUGGUGCCCAGAAAGCAGCGCAAACUUUUCUAUCGGAAAUUCGAUGGGAGAAGAACAUCACAUUAGGCGAGCCACCUGGAUUCCUGCAUACAUGGUGGUGUGUAUUUUGGGAUCUAUACUGCGCCGCACCAGAGCGUCGUGAUCAAUGUGAUCACUCAUCAGAGGCAAAAGCUUUCCAUGACUACGGCUUUGUUAGUUCUGGCUACGGAGUAAAUGGUAUCGGUCCCGGUGGACCACACAGUGCUGGGGGCCCAGCUCCCAGCCCACUUGGUCAAAUGCCACCAGGUGGUGAAGGCCCAAUGGGGCCUGGCGGACCGAUGGGUCCUAAUUUCUUUCCAAAUUCCACAAUGCGCCCGUCUCCUCCGACGCACGCGUCCAGUCCACAACCACCACCAUCUCAAAUGAUGCCUGGUCAACCGCCAUUCAUGGGAGGUCCCCGAUAUCCCGGCGGUCCACGUCCUGGUGUCCGUAUGCAAGGAAUGGGAAAUGAAUUCAACGGGCCACCUGGUCAACCGAUGAUGCCGAAUAGCAUGGACCCGACGCGACCGGGUGGAAUGGGUCCAAUGAACCCACGUAUGAACCCCCCACGCGGUCCUGGAGGCAUGGGCCCAAUGGGAUAUGGCGGCCCUGGCGGCAUGCGGGGACCAGCACCUGGCCCAGGCGGUAUGCCGCCCGGCAUGGGCAUGGGCGCAGGAGGAAGACCACCUCAGUGGCAACCAAACGCCACUGCCCCUAUGAAUGCGUAUUCAUCCUCUUCGCCAGGUAACUAUGGGCCUGGACCCGGUUCGAAUGGGCCGCCUGGUCCUGGAACGCCGAUUAUGCCCUCACCCCAAGAUAAUACACAAGCAGGACCUGGCGGUCCUGGCGAUAAUAUGUAUUCGAUAAUGAAACCUGAAUUUCCAAUGGGAGGUGGCCCUGAUGGCGGUGGCGGCGGUCCCGGUGGUAUGGGUCCUAUGGGUGGUGGACCUAACUCAAUGGGACCAGUACUUAAUGGCGGUGGCGGAGAUGGCACUGGAUUAGACGGCAUGAAAAAUUCACCAGCCAAUGGCGGUCCCGGUACGCCGCGUGAAGAUUCCGGUAGCGGAAUGGGCGACUAUAACCUUGGUGGAUUCGGAGGACCUGGCGAAAACGAUCAGAACGAAUCGGCGGCUAUACUAAAAAUAAAAGAAAGUAUGCACGAAGAGGCGAAACGGUUUGAAAAAGACUCUGAACAUCCGGACUAUUUCAUGCAAUAACAACAUAGUAGCAACAACACAGCCACGACGCAUACGACAGCAGCAGCAGUGACUGCGGCAGCGGCAGUUGCAGCAGCAGCAGCAGCUCUGGGAGCCAACAUGUUGAGCGGUGCGGCCGCAUCUGUUGCCAAUAAUCUUAGCACCAGCAACAACGGCAGCACCAGCGGUAACAACAAUCUCAUCAACCAUGCAAGCAACAGUAGUCCUGCAUCAGUAACGCCGCAUUUUCCUAAGGAACUUAAUUUUUAAUUUAAAUACUUUUUUGAGAGCGAAUACUGCAUACAGAAUCAGAUGUUUGUUAAAAUAAAUAGUUGGAAUCCACACUGAACAAGAAGCAAGGGCAACUCUAGAAAAUUAUUAAUUAUCUCAAAUUAAAACAAAAAGCUACCAAACGUAUUUGUGAAGUUAUGACACUAAAAUUAGAAAUGAGACCGAUUAUACAAAGUAAUAGAAAAUAUCUAAUAAUGUACUAGUUGUUCGGGGAUAUAUGCGGGACUACACAGCAGCCAGCAGCUGAUGAUGUGCGGAUAACGCUGGUAAAAUUUCAAAAUUGGAGAUAGCAACCCAAAAUUACCUCUCGAGUAACUUUUACAUUUAAAAAUUUGCAUAAAGUAUUAAAAUUGUACAAAAGAAAGGCGCAAUUAAACAAGUAAUUAGGCUACAAUGGAUGACCGAUUUUAUAAAAUCAAUUGCACACACAUAAAAACCAGCGUCAAGUAAUAGAAGUUUUUCAAGUGUGCAAAUAUACGCGAGUCUUAUUUUCCGAUUUUGAUUCAUAGCUGACUAUGAAACAAAGUAUAAAAAGGAUGAAUAAAGAAUGCGUAAGGGCACAUUUUCUGUAAAAAAUACCAAUAUUGUUAAUCAUAAAUAGAAUGGAAAUAACUGCAGAUAUUGUACUUAUCAAGGCGAACUUAAACUGUAAAUUAUUAAAAAUAAAUUUAAAAAAAUAUUACUAAAUAAAAGAGGAGAGAAAAUAACGUUAAGAUAAAAAUUUAUAACUAUUUAGGAUACGGUUAGCACUUAGGGAUAAAUAUGUACUUUAAUUCAACAUUAGCGUGAAAUAAUAAGUGUGGAAGAGCGGUGUUGCAGCUAGAACUGCUAUGAAACUGUAUAAUCGUCUAUAUAAUGAAUAAACAUGUAAAAUUAUAUAUUUGAAUAAAAAUUAAUUAACAGAUAUUUCACGGGAA